ACAAUGUUGCCGUUGCUAUGGGAGACGGUUGUCAAACAAAUUCCACAGAGCGAAAUACGACUGCGUGAGCGUGGUACGUUGUUUGGGCCGAAGGCACGUGCGAGUGAUUGGGAAGUACUAAGACAGUCACCUUUUUGUGUCAUCUCUACCUGAUCGAUUUUUCAUUACGUAUGAUUCUAUCCAGAGCAAAACCAGCUAGUGGUGUUACCCACACUGCAAGCAGUCAGCCAUCAGGUCGAAAAGAAAUACCAAAAUUAGAAGACUUUUUGGCCAAACGGGACUAUACUGGAGCAUUAACCGUUCUUGAGUUUACAGGACGUAAAAACAAUGAGGAGACAGAGAUGUGGAUUGGCUAUUGCGCAUUUCAUUUGGGUGAUUACAAAAGAGCAAUGUCUGUAUAUGAAUCCUUGAGACAUUUAAAGAAUCCUCCAGAUGGUGUAUUUGUUAAUCUUGCGUGCUGCUACUUUUAUCUUGGAAUGUAUCCAGAAGCUUUAAGGGUUCUAGAUAAGGCACCUACAUCUAAUCUGAAGACAAGGCUGCUUUUCCAUUUAGCUCAUAAACUAGGAGAUGAGAAAAAACUAAUGGAACAUCAUCAGGAAUUAGAAGACAUUGUUGAAGAUCAGCUUUCUUUAGCUUCAAUACAUUAUCUUCGUUCUCACUAUCAAGAAGCAAUUGAUAUUUACAAGAGGGUGCUUCAAGACAACAGGGAGUACUUGGCACUGAAUGUGUAUAUAUCUCUUUGCUAUUACAAGCUGGAUUAUUAUGAUAUGUCACAAGAAGUUCUUACUAUUUAUCUGCAAAAUUAUCCAGAUUCCGCAAUUGCUAUAAACCUAAAAGCAUGUAAUCAUUUCCGCCUGUACAAUGGCAAGGCAGCAGAAUCAGAAUUGAAAUCACUUAUGGACCAGAGUUCAUCAACAUUCAGCUUUGGACAUGAUCUCAUACGACAUAACCUGGUUGUUUUCCGGGGCGGCGAGGGAGCUCUGCAAGUUCUUCCUCCUCUUGUUGAUGUUAUUCCAGAAGCACGUCUCAAUCUAGUCAUAUACUACCUAAAGCAGGAUGACAUACAAGAGGCUUUCAAUCUAAUAAAGGAUUUGGAACCAUCAGUCCCUCCAGAAUACAUCCUCAAAGGAGUUGUGUAUGCAGCAAUCGGUCAAGAAAAUGGAUCUCGUGAAAAUUUUAAGAUGGCACAGCAGUAUUUCCAGCUUGUUGGAAGCAGUGCGAGUGAAUGUGAUACAGUUCCUGGCAGGCAAUGCAUGGCAUCUUCAUAUUUUCUCAAGAGGCAAUUUGAUGAUGUGCUUGUCUACUUGAACUCUAUUAGAAGCUUUUUCUACAAUGAUGACAGCUUCAAUUUUAAUUAUGCCCAGGCAAAGGCAGCAACUGGCAGCUACAAAGAAGCAGAAGAAAUAUUUCUUUUGAUAAAGAAUGAAAAGUUUAAAGAUGAAUAUGUUUAUAUCAGCCAUUUAGCCAGAUGCUAUAUUAUGAACAAGAAACCUCAGUCAGCUUGGGAGUUAUAUCUGAAAAUGGAAACUUCAUCAGAAGCUUUCAGCUUGUUACAACUGAUUGCAAAUGACUGCUAUAGAAUGGGACAAUUCUGGUAUGCUGCUAAAGCUUUUGAUAUGCUUGAAAGAUUGGACCCAAAUCCUGAAUACUGGGAAGGUAAAAGAGGAGCAUGUGUUGGUGUUUUUCAGCAGAUCAUUGCUGGUCAUCAGUCAAAGGAACAUCUGAAGGAGGUAAUACAGCUUCUGCGAAAUACUGCAAACUCACAAGUAGAACUCAUAAUAAGAAUUAUGAAGAGGUGGGCUAAAGACAAUCGAAUAAAUAUCUGAAUGUAUCCUUCUCAAAUGAAUAGAAUCCUAACACUGUUUAAGUUUGAAAUUGUUCACAGUUACCCUACAAUUCAAGCUAACAGUAAUACAAGUAAUCUAGUAGAUCUUUUAAAAGUGUGUUAUUUCAAAACCAUCCCAGUUCACAGAAGCAAGUACUGUAAUUUUAACUAACAUUUACAUUGAUGGGUUGUUCAAUUUUUCUUUAUCCGGCUUCAGCUGAAAGUUGACAAAUCUGAUCCUUGUACUCAACACAGACCAUGCCUUCUCUCAUUUUACAAGAAUUUAUUCUAACUGAAUUGCUUUGUCCUUAGGCAAAGUAUUUGAAAACAGCAUACUAUGGAUACAGCCUGAGGUUCUCGUAAGAUAUCUGCCACAAUAUGUGUUCUAUAAUUUCUAGAAUGAUAGUGAACAUUUCUUGAAUAUACCAUAAUAACAAUUAUCAAACUUGCAACUAUAGUAGUUGAGAUAAAUGAAAGGAAGAUAAAAUGUUCUUAACAAUCUGUGUCAUGCAAAAUUGGUGACAGAAAGUAUGUAGCUACUGGAAUUUAUUCAGUUUUAUUUGAGAAUCUUGCACUUUUCUGGGAUUUUAAUGCAAGAAGUAUAACAGGGAGGAUUUACAUGACAACUAUGGUAUCAUUGGCAGAAGAUAACUAACUUCCUGUAAGUCCGGAAGUUGACUUUUUUUAUCAGAUGUUCCGUAUCUCAUUAAUACCUAGUCAUACAUUAUGCGGGGAACCACUAAAUGAUGUUUCUGAAUUGUAUUGUAUCUCUGCUUUGGUAAUUAAAAAUGUUAUGUAACUUCCAUGAUACAUACAUUCUGUGCAAAUAAAGUUGUAAGUUACUUGACAAUAAAGUUCUUCCUAAUUGUUCCCACACAUCUUACCUGUUCUGAAACUUGGGAAAAAGUGAUACAGAUGGAAACUUUUGGAGUCUCUGGGACAUCUUCAAUACUUUGAGAGUACUUAUUCAUCGAUUCCAAGUAACUAUGUGGAGGAAUUUGUUCAUGCAUAACAUACAUUGCAUGCUCGCAGCUAAGUCAUCUUACCUUUGAGACAUUCCACUCAUUUGUAUUCAUUACUAAAAUGUAUUAGCUCACUGCCCGUACUCUAAGUGUUGGAGUAAUGUGUGAGUAGGGUGUAGAAAAAUAAUUUGAUGACAUAACAAGCACAUAGCUGACCUGUAGUGAGAAAGUUUGACAUUAACAUUUGUCAAGUGCUGCCACCUGUUAGCAAUGCUACAAUUAUGGCUAAACAUGAGCACAAAUAUUGAAACUACCAUAAAACCUCGUUUGUACAUUUUUGAAGGGGGAUGAUAAAAUAAAUGCACAAGUGAGAUUAAUGUUAAAAUGAAAUUUAUCCUUCUAUUAAACUCAAGUGUCUGCAAACAGAAGAUAUUUAUAAGGUACAGUAAUAGGGACAAUAGUUGUAUUAGACUUAUGCCUAAAUUAUGGACAAGAAUGAAUCAGUUGUGAUUUGUUUUUUGGAACCAAUGCUGCAUUCAUGUAUCAAGUUUUCAUAAGAAAUUUUGACGUCAAGAGGUCACAUCAACCACAGAAAUUGCAAUAUUUGGAAUAUUACCUGCACUGAUGAGCCACCAUGUUUAAUUAAGUUGCCUGUGUACUUCUUGCAGUGUUCAUAUGUAACAGUCUUUAUGGUAAAAUAUACGUGUAUAUAGAAAA